CCGAUUUCAAGUACCCCAGAUGACCUCCGUGAGCGCGCCGACGCGGACAAAGCCAUCUCCGUUCCGCCCCAGCAGCUGCUCGGAAAUGUCCCCGCCAAAGAGCUACCCACCGAAGUGGCCGCCGCCACCACCGCCUCCUCUGCCGUCUCCGCCGCAGCGCAAAGCUCGAAAACUACCGCCAUCGCGAUGGACGUCGUCGAGAAGCAGUCCGAGUCGGAAUCCAGCACCGACGAGGUCGAAGAAGUGCCCAGCAAAAAGUUCAAAACCGACGUCGAAGCGGCCAUCAAAACGGCCGCAUCGGCUGCGAAAGGCGGAAACGAUCCGGAAAAGGAGGCCCUCGCCAUGGAAGCCGAAGCGCGUGCCUCGCGUGAACGCGCCCUCGUACCGCUGGACGUGCGCAUGAAGUCCUUCAAGGAGAUGCUGAAGGAGAAGGAGGUGUCCGCGUUCAGCACCUGGGAAAAGGAGCUGCACAAGAUCGUGUUCGAUCCGCGCUACCUGCUGCUCACGUCGAAGGAACGCAAACAGGUGUUUGAAAAGUACGUUAAAGAUCGCGCCGAGGAGAAGAAGAACAAGAUGAAGAUGAAGCGCGAAGAGAACCGUACGUUCCAUGAUUCUGGAACGACAGCUUGUGAAGGUUCGAUGUGCAAUGCGGAAAAAACGGACUGGAUUAAGGGCAGUGGCAGUGGCAGGAAGCUGAUGAAGGCGGACGAUGACGACGAGGCCACUCCGUCCAAGCAGCCACGCAUCGAGACGGUCCACCAGAUUGCCCACCCUGACCAGAAUGAGCAAAUGGAGGAGCAAGUUAAUUGUUCGUUCAAGUGUUCGUACUGUUCGUACAAGUCGAGCGAGCACGACUCGUUUAAGAUUCACUUUGCCGAGAGUCAUCCCAAGUGUGAGAUUCUGAUCAUUUCGCUGUUCCAUGCGGUGACGACGGCGGCGGUUCAGACCACUCAAAUCGCGGUAGUUGGGACGCCGGUGACGGCGCCAACGGUGGCGAGUUUGGAACUGGUUGAAGCUGGUGCGGAACCGUCAACGACGGCGACGUCCACGGCGAUGACCCGGAAGAGGUUCUCUUGCGGGAGCGAGGCUUGCUCGUUUGCCUCGUUGAACCUGCAGAUUGUGAAGAAACACUUCCUCGAUCAGCACCCGGAGGAAUCGGUGGUGGUGUUUGACGAUACCGGAAUCGAGCGGGAGAAGCGCAAGCGGUUUGACUACUUUGUCAAGUACGGGUGCGGCUAUUGUGCAGACAAGUUUGUCGUGAUGGACGACGUGAUCGAACAAAUUAAGUGCUUCGUGGCGUACGCGAUGCCCGUGGUCAUCAAGCGACUCGCGCCGGAUCAGGAACUGUUUGAGAAGCUGUUGGCGUGUUUGGCCGGGUUGGAAGGGUAUCUGGAGGGUCGGGAGUACGCCGCGUGUGACCACUUUACGCUGGCGGAUCUCUGCUUGGCGCACACGAUCUCGGCGCUGGAUGUGAUCAAGGUUUUGCUCGAUCCAAAGUAUCCGAACGUAGCUCGGUGGUUCGAGAAGGUCCGCGGGGAGAUGCCAAAGUUUGACGAGCUGCAGGGUCGUGCCGAGGAGACACUGCGGGCGUUCCUGGCACGACAGAGUCAGGCUUGAAUUGAGUUUUGAG